CAGCGCGAGCGAAUGAGCUCUCCUCGUAAGUGGCUGAAAGAAGAUGUGAGAAUGUCCAGAGGACGGACCCCGAGCGCGUCCAGAGGACGGACCCUGAGAGCGUUCGUCAGCCAGCGACUGGCGGAGGCGGUGGAGGAGAUAUUCGGUGCGUUUGAAAGAACGAUAGCGGAGUACGAGGAGGACGUGUGUCGUCUGCGGGAGGAGAACGUCCGGCAGCGGAGGACCCUGACGGCCCUUCUUCAACCCCAAGACUUCCAGCAGCUCUUAGUUCCUGAAGUGGAGGUUUCCUCUGUGAAGCAAGAGUGGAGUCCCAGUCUCGUCCAGGAGGAGCCAGAGCCCACGCACAUUAAAGAGGAAGAGGAAGAACUCUGGAGCAGUCAGGAGGAAGAGCAACUUCAAGGAGUGGAGGAGGAGGCCUAUAUCACCAGGUUUCCAUUCACUCCUGUCCCUGUGAAGAAUGAAAAUGAUGAAGAGGAGGUUCAGUCCUCCCAGCUUCAUCAAAGCCAAACUGUGGAGGAAGCCAGCAGCUCAACUGAACAGAUGAAAAUAGAAGCUGUUGGAGAAGACUGUGGACUGUCACAACCAGCCAGGAACCUCAAUCCAGCUGCUAAUUUACAACCAACUAGUGAUGGAGAGUUCCUCUCUUCACAUUGCUGUGAGACUGACAUUGAAGACAAUGAGGACAAAUGGAAGGAGACCAGUUCCCGAAUAAGCACACUGCAAAAUGACAAACUUUUAAAUGAUAAGCGAUCUGACAAUGUGGAGAAACCCUUUACCUGUUCAGUUUGCAGUAAAAAAUUCACUGUAAAGGGCAACUUGCAGACACACAUGAGAGGCCACACAGAACCACCAACCUUUGAGCUUGCAGAAUGUGAGACCACCAUGGGACAGGUCUUAUGGACCUCAGGUUGGUAAACUAAGCAGUGUAUCUGGACUUUAUUCUUCCUCAAUAAGAAGCACUGAGAAACCAGCUGACCUUGCAGGUGAUGGUUAGCUAUUUUCAUCAUGUAUUCAUAAUUACUUGAUGUGUUUAA